CCAAAGAAGGCGCCAUAAAUUGCAGCGGAUCACAUGGGGAGACCAGGCAGCUAAUGGUGGUGGGUAGCACGUAGAUUAUUAUUAGACACGGUCGAUCGAGUCAUCGAGCCAAGAAGACUCUUGUGCUGCGGAUAGCAAUGGACGGGACGAGGCGCGGGAGGCGGCUCCUCGUGUCGCUCUGCUUCCUCUGCCUGGCCGUGCUGCUCCCCGGCGCGCUGCUGGCGUCGCCGGCGGCCGGGAGGAAGCGGCGGCAGGCCGGGUUCGACCACUACGUGCUGGCCCUGCAGUGGCCCGGCACCGUCUGCCGCCAGACCAACCACUGCUGCAGCUCCAACGGCUGCUGCCGAUCAAACCCUCUCAACUGGUUCACGAUCCAAACAAAAUUCAGAAUCAGUCACAAGAUCAUAGACAAUACCGAUUUCAUCUUUCUUUGUUGCGGACAUAACAGAUGGGCUGUGGCCGCAGUACAGCUACGGUGGGUGGCCGUCGUGCUGCAGGCCAACCACCACGUUCAACAUGAACAAGAUCGCGAUGCUGAGGCCGAUCCUGGAGAAGUACUGGCCGUCGCUCUACUGCGGCGACACCUCCACCUGCUUCGGCGGGAGAGGCCCCUUCUGGGCCCACGAGUGGGCGACUCAUGGAACGUGUGGCUACCCGGAGAUACAGGACGAGUACGACUACUUCUCCACGGCGCUCUACCUCUACAGCAAGUACAACGUCACGAAAGCUCUGCGGAAAGCGCACAUCUACCCGCGGAACGGCCGCAAGUACGCGGUGGCGCACAUCGUGGACGCCAUCGACCACGCCUUCGGCCGGCUGCCGCACCUCGUCUGCAAGAACGGCUCCGUGCAGGAGCUCAGGCUCUGCUUCCACAAGGACUACCAGCCCCGGGAUUGCGGGUCGGAGGACGACGAUGCGUCGUCCUACAGCAGGAGAAGACAUUGCCCUCGCUACGUCACCCUCCCAUCCUACAAACAGUCUGCGUCGGGGAACACCACGGAGGGCCGCCUGCGGAACCCAGUGGAGAAUCAGCCGCGCGUACACGGGCAGAGCUACCUAUAACUGAUCGUCACGGCCGGGCGCUGUCGGACUGCUCCAUCGAAGUGUGUCCUGAAGCCUGAGGAUGCACGCAAGGCCGAGGCGAUGCACGGUGCGACGGACGCCGCCGUCGAUCGGCCGGGAAACUCCCGGCCAGAGGCAGGGCAGUCGUCGGUUCAUGCCGCUGCGAUUGAUUAAUUCUUCUGCGCGUUCGCUUGCAGGGUGUGUGUAGGCUCUGUUCUGCACAAAGAAUUGACGUUGCAACCAUGUAUGUACAUGAUAUUGGGCAUCAAGGAAUAUUGUGGGUUAGGAUCAAGGUAUUGAACAUAUAAAGGAUAAACUAGUGCGCCCAACUAGCGGCACCAGUCACGUCUCCUUUUAGGCCAACUCCACCGCACGACCCUAAAUCUAUACCCAUUUUGUCCGGAUUUUGUUCAUGUGAGGUAGAAAUAGGGAGAACAAACGGCGGACAGAGGCCGCACAAACUCGCUGCACGCGGUGCUACUACCCCAUUUUCACCUCAUACGUCAUGGUUGUGGAUGCACAUGGUGGGCCGGGUACAGAAAAGGAGAGAGUGACAUGUGGGGUCGAGGCGGACACAGGCGGACGACGAGGACGCAAAGGCGUCCGCUUUCUGUCCGCUUUGACCCCAAACCGAGAGCAACUUUGGUCUAGAAAUGGGGUAAAAGCGGACACGGGCCGGACAAAAUGUCCGUAUGCUCCCAUACGUUAGGUCGUUUGAUUUGUCCAUUUUACCUCAAACGGAUACAAACGGACCAUUUGGGGUAGAAAUGGGUCACGCGGUGGAGUUGCCGUAUUCGCGAGAACGGAAACGCGAGCGAGAGAAGGGAGCGAGCGAAGGGAAUCCACGUGCGCGAGCGAGCGUCCCCCUCCCCCUCCUUCCAAACGAGCCCGCAUCUCGUCAGCCCCGGGUGCGGAGGCGAGCUUCCCGGCGACGGUAGCGCCGGCUCGAGGCGGGGGAGCGGCCGAUGCGGGGUCGGUUGGAUCGAGGCGUGGGAGCGGCGGAUGCGGCGGCGGCAGCACGAGAAGAGCAACGGCGGCGGCGGCGACCUAUGAAGAGGCGAGAGGAGCGGUGGUGGCGGCGUCGAGCUGCGAAGAGGCGUCGCUCGGGCGCGAGACCACGGAGGCUGGAGCGGCUGCUUCGGGCCCCGAUCUGAGAGGGUACGAGGCAGGGAAGGACGGCAUCGUCGCCGUCACAGGUCUUCCUUCAGUCCCUUUCGUUCCCUCUCCGGUUCAUCCUCUUCCCACCCUCGUAUUAGGAAAGUUCUAUUAGGAUCCGGUGCCACCGUGCGCCAUGAUUUCAGAUUGGCUUGCCUGCUACCCCGAAUGGAUGCGCCACCCAGUCAGCCGAGCGAUGCAGAAUAUGCUUUUGUAGAACUGCAUAUCUAUUUGUUAUGAAUCUAGAGUCUCAAAGCCAAUAAGUUGCUAAAUCAUUGACUGGCUGUUUCCAUGUUUGUAUUAUGCGCUUCUCACUCGGCGAGGGGAGCAUUAGGCCUCCUAUGGUCUGGAUUUCUCCAAAUGAUUAGGCUUUGCGAAAAUUGUGUACGCAUGUCUUACAGCCUGGGUUAUCCUGGACCUCUUUGGGGACAACAUCACCAAGUUUCCUUCUUAUUGCACUGCAAGUUAAAAAAAGGCCUCGUCGGCCAGAGAAGGAGGGGAGGAGCGGUUGCCGACGAGCGAGGUGGCUCUGUUUGGACCGGCCAUGGUGUUGGCUGUUGACUCCCACCGGUCUUGUCUCCCCCAACCCUUCCAUGGAGCUCGCUUAGCCACCGGCCGGCACAUCUUCUUGCUUACAACACCAAGGCCAUGUAGCUUACUUUUUAACUGUUAUUGCUGAUUGGAGCCAUUGCUAUUGGCUAUUUAUACAUAAGAUGGAAGGUGAAUUGAGAUUUUUGUGAGGGGGAUUGGAUUUUAUCCAGAUGGCUUGCUUCUCGUGAUGAGACUGAUACUAAUGAACUAAUGAAGACAUGAAGGUUGCAUCUUAUCCCCAUUUCCCUUUCUACAUUUGCCAUUUAGUCGAUUAACAUACAUUGUACUAUUUCCCUUUCUAUAGUUGCCAUUUAGUUGAUUAACAUACAUUGUACUAUUUUCGGUUAAGCACACUAUGGGUCAAUGAAUGUGGAAUUAGCUACUUUUUAUAUCCCUGGACCAUAUAUAUUACAUGCAUCAGUACUUGAUGCAUCUCUGAUAUGCUUUUGCUUUUUAUUGUUACCCUUAAUUACUACUUUUCUAUGAACCCAAUGUUUAGGUUGCAGGCUCAACUGCAUAUCUAUAUUCUCUGUAUGAAUUUUUUAGCUAGCUUUGAAGCGAAUGUGGUGAUCAAGGCUCUAAUAUGUAUUCUUUAUUUGCAUGAAUGUUGUGUGCAUAUAGGUACUUGCAAUGGAAUCUUUUUCUCAUAGACGAGAAGUACUUUGAAAACAGAUUUUAAAAAUUGAUAUAAUUUUACAAGUGUGCAGAUAGUUGACAAGGCAACAAUGCUAUUGUUCAAAUGUAGUCGAGCCGGGCCUUUGGUGUUUUCGGUGCUAUUGUUCAAAUUUUGCUUUCUUAGAUUCAUUGCAACCAAAAGAUUUGGUAAUAUUUUUUUUCUGGAAACAUGGAUACACUUGUUGGUGUUGUAUACUGGGAUCUGUAAGUAUUGUCAUAGGAAUUUUUUUAUCCUAAGGAUUCACACAGAUUGGAGGGGAAUUAGUAUCUAACAUCUUGUUAAAUGUACACAAACUGGUAUAUCUUCAUGGCUUUUAAGCUAUAUAAUUGUAGAUGAUAAUUUAUGCUUUGAUAAAGUAAUAUCUUACUUCUCGGUGCUUGGAUAAAAUAGUAUAGUUUGCUGAAAAUAUGCUCAUACUUUAUAUCACAGAAGUACAAACUGACAAUCAGCCUAUGGUGAAGUUAAAAGAAGCAAAAGUACUGUGUGUAUAAUCAUUAGAUUUGUUAAGGUGAAUCAGAUUUAUUUUUGCUGCUGUACGUAGAAUGCAGUUUAUCUUAAUUCCUGUUGCUGCGUUUGGCCCUACAUGUCGAUGGGUGUGGCCGCUCCCUUGUUAGUUUGUUGCUCGAUUUGGUUUGGUCCAAGGUAGGCUGUGUGUUGUCUACGUCUGUAUAUUCGUUGGCUGGAUAAGAAGAUUUUGCAGGUUUUUCUCUGGUAUGGUUGCUUCUGCUCUGAGUGCAGGUUCCUAUGAUUUCUAGACAGUGUAUUGGUUUUAAGGAUUGCUCGGUUAGUUUAAAAGUGCUUUGAUUUCCUUCUUGUCUUCUCGCACAGACCUUGAAGAUGGCUAGGUUUGCAUGGGCAUGGGGUUUGGUACACCUGGCCUCUAUUUAGAUUUGUUAAUAAAUUCAGUUUAUCACGAACACCAUAAAUGUGUUAUCAGUUUACUAUCUUGGCACAUGAGCUAUUUUUCAGUCAAUGCGUGCUGAGUCCACUUGGAACUGAAUAUGUAGUGUUUUCUUUGAAACUGAGUAACUGUGGUUGAAAUUUAGUUUCAUUUGGACGAGCUACCCAAGUAUCAUCAAUUCAUGAUGGCUAAUUUAUUUUGGUUCUUGAUGAAUCGGCCAUGGUCCUGAUUUAAGAGUUUUUAUGUUAUUUCUCAGCCUAUUUGAGCUAUUAUCGUUCUGUUUAACACACACAAUUGUAGCUGCCCUUUUUGAUUCAGAAAAAUGGUCUUCAUGUCUGUGGUUUGGUUAAACAUUUUCUCAGCAUAUCUCUAUUCAUCAGUCUUAACUCGCAUAACAUCCAAUAUAGUUUGUCUGAUCCAGACUAAAUGUUGGUUGUUGCUAUGUUUUGUGUGCAGUCUAUUUCUCUUCUAUCUUGGUCAUUAAAGAUGUGACAAGAAAGAAAUUUCAAAAGGUUUGAUAAUCUAGAAUGCUCAUAUGGAGUUAUUUGAACCAGUUCUUUUAGUAGCUGCUGAGACCAGAUGUAUCAGAAAAAUUUAAAAUAUACCAACAGUAGGGUUGACCAAUAAUGCUGAAUUGAUUCAGUCUUCAGGCCUUAUGCACAAUUUCCACAGUGUUAAGAUAAUAUAUGCUUUAAUGCUCCUGUGCACUGCUUUAAUGCUUCUGCUUGUUUGUCUGAAUCUUCUUGUUGUUCAUUAAUUUCUUGUCGCCUGCUGUUGCCCAUGAGGGGGAGUCGGACCCAUCAUGGAUAACCAUCCCUGAUGAGCUUUUAAUACAUACUGAUGGUGACAAAAUUGAUGCCAUUGUUCAGGUUGUAUACAAAGAUGUUCCUACUAGGUAUUCUGACGUUGAUUAUCUAAAAGAAAGAGCAAUUCUAACACCAACGAACCAAGUAGCUGAAAAUUAUAAACGAGCGCGUUCUAUCUUUAGUGCCUACCAGUGAGAGAGUACCUAAGCUGUGUCAAGUGUCUAUGCCUAUGUUUUAUAUGCAAAUACCUUUCCUCUUUUGCACAAACCAUGCUUCCUGUACAAUGAUAUUUAAUAGCAGCAAACUAAACAGGUUGGUUAGGAAACUGAAGCUGCAGCUACUGAAGAGCCAAAGAACAUUCUUGUUGAACAGGCUAAAGGCAAGAGGAUACAGAUAUAUGUGAUUCUCAUGUGGUCCUUUCGCUGGAAACUUGCUAAUCUUAGGGGUGCUGCUACUGGUGUAAAAACCAUUUUAUCAAAAGAACUAAAGUAGUAGCUAAUACAAGCAUUGAAGAAUUGAUGCAGAGGUUACGCUAUAUUGGCAUGAAGUCAGAGCAGCGCGUGAAGACUACAUAAGAUAGUUUCUGGUGACCUUCAGUCUAUAUGUCCUAACCAACAACAGCCACCUUUUAUUUCGUAUCAAUCGAUCCAGUAUCUUUCCCCUUUUGGCGUUGCUCUGAGCAAGAUAUGUAUAGCCUUUAGAUUUCCAUUCGUGUAUGAUACUACAUGUACACUUUAGACCUCAUUACUGUCUCUGUGGUCAAAAGAAGUUUGUGAUCACUUGUUCUAUAUAUGUAAUCAACUGCCCUUCUACUAAUAUUUUCAGAAGACUAUUUAUGUAUGUUUACACUGGUUAGAGAGAAU